CGUAGCCCAUUGUUGUAUAUAUUGGACACGGCAGUAUCCCUUACUUUCGACCAGCAAGUUCUCAGGUCGUCGUUGAUUUGUUCGUGAUACAUUCUCUUUGUUUGAACCGCAGCCUAUUUCUGAACUUACAGAUUACUUUGUUUUAUUUUGCAUUAUCCUGAGUCAAUUCAGCUGAUAUAUAUUUUCAUACUUUAUUCUCAUCCUGAACACAAGAAGAAACCACAUCUCGUCGACUACAACUAAUAGAAAAGUUCAUGGCUAAGGUUUUCAAUCAACAUCAACCUUCAUUUCCUUCCCAAAUGACGCAUUCCACUAAUGGCGGCUGUGCUGCAUCUUUUUAUACUAACAGAUCCAGAUUUGGUUUUCUCAGGGCAUCUAAACGUAGCAUCUCCCAAUACAAACGGUACCCUAGCCGUAUAAGGAGGGCUCAAAAAUGUGAUUCAUCAACAGUUAUGUACAGUGGGAAUGAUUCCCAAUCACCCAAUAUUGUAAAUGUUUCAAGUAACUCAACUGACUCGAGACCCGUUCAUCAAUUGUACUCCAAUGAACAAUCUAGUAUUUUUUCGGAUUAUAAGCGCCCACGUCCGGAGCAUGGUGGCCACUCAAAUGAGAAGUUGGAUGAUAUCUCAGUAUCUGCCCCUGAAUCUUGUUUCCUCCGUCAACUGUGUUCGCUACCAAAAAGCGGCCUUCGCUUAGAUUUAUCGAAAAAGUAUUAUUCACAUAUGUUUUGCAAGCUAUCACUUCUCAACAAAGAUCUUCUACACGACCUACUUUCAAAGGAGUUCACCUACCAACCAAAUAAUGCCUUUCUUUAUUAUGUGAACCCGGAAGUGGAUGACAAAGUAGAUGCUGUACUAAGAAAUGAGGCAGUGCACAAUCUUCGCUUCAUGCAUAAUUCCUUCUUCAAUCUAUCUACGGAAACGUUUUGCAAAGCUGUUAACCUGAUAGAUCGUUUUAUUGUCAAAGUCAAGGUUAAACCAAAAUACAUGGCUUGUGUAGCUACUGCUUCCUAUUGUGCCGUUUGCAAGUUGAACAGCUCAAACAACAAGAAUGCUGUGUUACCUGAUCCGGAAACAUUGGUACAUGUUACUCGUUGCGGUGGUAACGCUGCUGAUCUGUUGCGUAUGGAAGAAAUUCUUGCUUCCAAAUUGUCGCAUGAUCUUGAUGGAGUCAAUGCAUUCGAUUUCCUGCAACUUUUCAUUGAUUGCAUCACUAAAUCUCCCAAGGAUAUCAAUGAAUAUGAUACACCGGAUAGUGCGACAAAUAUGGACAGUUUCGUGCCUCAGUCGGAUGAGAACUCUUCAGAAGAGAAAGUUACAGAGACAACCAUUGUGACCUCAAGUGUACAAAAAUCAGAUGAGGUGAAAAAGGAUGCUGUAACAACUCCUCGGAAGAAGUUUUCCUGUGGUACGUUUUUGUACAAACGUUUAGGAGCACUUAUGGAGAUCGCUUUGUGUUCCUUGGAGGUUUAUCGUUUUCGUCCUGCUUGUUUGGCACUCGGUAUUUUGGCUCAAGGUGGUAUAGAGGGUCUUCUUCCUCUAGCAGAUCUAUGUGGGGUUGAUUGGUUUGAUGUAUGCGAAUGCGCAAAUCUUGUUGGCCAGUUGUAUGAAUUAUACUAUCGUGAUCCUUUACCACCUAAUCGCAGACGAACUGGUAUACCGGUAACUAGACGUAAUUUUCGUGUUGGUUAUUCCAGUCCUACACCAUUGGAUACAAUCUCUGAAGAUUAUGAACCGGUUGAAGAAGAUGAAUGGCUACUUCCGCUUCUUUUCGAACCGUAGUGUGUGUUGCCGUUCAGUCGUUCAAUCUGUGUGUAUUUGUUGUAUUUUGCUGAUACCGUCUAAACAGCUGUUGGAUGAUAUAUAUAUAUACACGCUAGUAGUAGUAUUAUCUCUUCCCUUCAUCAUCUUCUUCUUAUACACAUCAAAUUGUAUUUAAUAAUAUCCCCUUAUCUUUCCAGCAAAUAUUGCUUAUCACUCACUCACUCGCUCACUUGCUCACCUACUACUCAUUCGUUCAUUCACAUUUAUUCGCCUCACUCACUCACUCGCUCAUUCGAUUCAUUCAUUCACAAAUAAAUAAAUAAAUAAAAUAAAUAUAUUAAAAAAAAUUUGAGAAAUCAAUAUUUUCAUUUAAUAUUAACAAUAAAACAAUAAUAAUAAUAAAAACAGCAGCAAGGAAAUAAUCAAUCUUUUUUGUUGUCUUUCUGUGACAGAAAAGAGAAUAAAUUAAUUUAAUCUUGAUGUCUCUCUGACUGUGUCUGCGUGUGAGUGAGUGAGUGAGUGUGGAGACAGGAAGAAAAAUGUUUCAAACCCCGGUGUUGAGAGAAGAGUUUAUAUUUACUUACACAUAUUAUAAAAAAUGUGAAAUUUCUGCAUAAUGAUAGGCAACUAACUAACUGACGAACUAACUAACUAUAUAAUAAUUGACUUUCAGAAGAAAACAAGAAAGUGGGAGAAAAAAUGUCUUCGAUAUUACUCUAUCUAUCUAUCCAUCCGUCCUAUUUGUUGUCAUCACAAUAAUAAUAAUAAUAACUAUUGUUAUUAUUACUGUUAUUCUCAUUUGUACUAUUAUUAUUAUUAUUGUCACAUCUUCUCUGCCCCCCCCUCUUUCUCUCUCUUCGCAUGUUAUGUCAUCACAAAGUAUAUUUUACAACAUAAUCAGUAGUAGUUUUGCUCAUUUUAUGAUUAUAAUAAUAGUGAUUAGUAUAUAAAUAAAUAACGACAGCAUUCAUUACAUACGUAUAUACAUAUACGAAUGUAUAAUCCCAUAGUCUCUCCUAUUAAAGAGCAUCCUUUUUGAGAAAGAACUCCCCACUUUAUUUUUAGUUGUUUUCUUUUCUUUUUUUAUUGUACUGUGUACCACCACUUUAUCAUGUUGUGUGAUGUUCUUAAACAUUUUUUGUGAGGGUCUGUUUGUGUUGAUACUUUAUCAUUAGCAUCAGCAUCAUCAUCUCAGGGGUUGUUUUUGUUCUCUGUAUUUCCCCUCUUCUUUUUCCCCUUCUUCUUCUCCUUCAUCAUCAGUCUUUGCUCACGGUUUCUGCAACCAUCAGAUGUAUUUUUGUGUGUUUGUGUAUGAUCCCCACCUCACGCCGAACUUCCCACAUUGAAAGUAAUACAAUCAUUGUGGAAUAACUGCUUCUAAUUAUAUUUAUAUAUAUAUAUAUAUAUAUCUACUUCUUAAUAUAUAUUACUAUUGUCAUCAUCAUCAUAUCCUGUUUGUGUGUGUGUGUGUGGGUGGGUGCGUGCGUCCGUGCGUGUUUUAAUCCCCUUCUCUCUCUCCCUUUUCCUUCCUUUUUCUUUGUUGUUGUUGCUGUUGUUGAUGCUCUUCUUCUUCUUCUGUUUUUGUAAUUUGUACAUUCGCGCAGCUAAAUUUCAACUUCUUCAUUAGUUAGAGAAGUU